UCUCUUAUCGACAACAGAUUAACCGAUGUGUGGCAGAUGUAUCAGUUAGAAGUUGAUGGUGGUUCGAAGGAUGUUCAGUUCAAUUUCGCCUUCGCGGGAGAGUGCGGAAUGAAUAGCACUUCGUAUACCGCUACAGUUCAAGGUGGCAAAACGUUCUAUGUGAUCGUAACACCUCAAGGAAUUGCUCAAGGAGAAGGAAGUUUACAAAAGCCAACCGAAGGUUCAGGCCAGUCCAGUAUGAAUAUCAACUUCAUGAUUCCCUGUUCAAUGGUGCCCGAAUCGGUGAAGUGGGGUAAUUGUGCAUCGAAGAGUAACAAAAUAGCUUAUAAUGAUCGAAUCGCUGUCUGCGCUGUUAAUUCACGAUCACAUCCGUGUAAUCCCCGUUCAAGAUAUCAAGCAUAUUACGUCUACUACAACAGAACUGUGGACGGAGGAGUUCCAGCUGCUGAGGACGUUACGGCUGUACCAAUAGAAGGCUUCACUUUUGAAUUCAAUACCAUGGGUGGUGUAUAUACGUUCACUUUUGGUGUUCAGAAUGACUCAGGGAAAAUGCAACCCGAACUGAAUGUACACACAAUCGUACCACAUAACGAUGUCUCCAUCUUGCUCCAGUUACCUCAGUACGUAGUCAUUUCUGCGGCUGAAGUUCUAUUCUCGAUCACUGGUUUGGAAUUUGCAUAUAAUCAGGCAGCAGUUUCGAUGAAGUCCGUCGUUCAAGCCCUGUGGUUACUGACUGUUGCAUUUGGUGAUAUA